CAACGGGUCCAGAAGUGAGGUGCCUGUUUCUGCCUUAGAUGGUAUCGAAGUAGAAAGUUGGAAACUGGUGAUAUAUGAUCGAAAAUUUUAAUUAGAAUGAAUGGAACAGCAUAUUCAAACUUUGACAAUCAAGAACACGUUCUCAAACUAGGCGAAACUUUUGAGAAACAACCUAAAAGUGCAUACCACACGGUACGAUAUGAUUUCAAACCAGCCUCCAUAGACACUACAUGUGAGGGAGAGCUUGAAGUUGGCAAGGGAGAGCAAGUUACAAUUACACUGCCAAACUUGGAGGGAUCCACAGCUCCUGUUACAGUAUUCAAAGGGUCCAAAAGGCCUUAUAUGAAAGAAUGUAUUCUCAUUGUUAACCAUGACACAGGAGAGUAUCGCCUGGAGAAACUCAGCAGUAACCUUGCCGUCAAGAAGACCAGGGCUGAGGGAAGCAGUAAGAUUCAGUCACGUCUGGAGCAGCAAACUAGCCGGCUUAGUCAGCAGAUGAAGACUGGCAGCGGAAACAAGGCUCCAUCCAGCAGCAAGAACUCCCCUCCUAAAGAGAAAAUGUCUCCAUCGUCCCCCAUGGAUGAUAUCGAACGAGAGCUCAUGGCUGAGGCGCGUGUCAUGGAUCAGCUGAGCAGUGGAGACAGCUCUUCUGAUUCCCACAGUUCUUCAUCAUCCAGCAGCGAGGACAGCUCCAGCAGCAGUGACGAUGAGGGCCGUCCAACGCCUGGUGGAGCCCCAGUCCCCCCUCACAGCACAUCAGCACUUGCUACAUCUCAAAGUCGUGUGGAGGAGAACAGUGGGAAUUUCAUAAACACCCUUAAGAAUGAUCUCCAGCUGAGUGAGUCUGGGAGUGAAAGUGAUGAUGACUGACCACAUCGACAAAGUAUUGGACAACCUCCUUGACUUGGAUUAGAUGCUGAAAAUGUCCAGGAGGUCAGGAUUUAUCAAAUUGGAUACAAAGCAGGGGUAUUUGCUGUAUUAGUUCAUUAAGAUAAAGUAUUUAUUUAGUUGAGAAUGCUACUGCAUUGAUGUUAGUUUUAUAGGGAUAUACUAUAGUUGCUUCAUCAGAAGUUCUAGUAACGUAUAUGUUUAGAAAGAUCAUCCUCUUAGUUCAGAUAUGGCACAUGAUCAUCAUAAAGUGUCUCUUAUAGUCUUAAGGAGCACCAGUGCAUUACCAAAAUUGAUCUGUGUGCUAUCAAAGUGCCAAACUCAGCAAUCUGAGAUAUUACCUGAACUGCAAUACUUGAAUUUUUCUUGUGCCUUGUUUAUAAGGUGUAUUUUAAUUAUCCUUCAUAUUCUCAUUAGUGCAUUACUAAUAAUUGGGGUUUCUCAUGCAUUUAAAGGGAUAGUUAACACCAAUAUGAAAAUCCUCUCAUUAUUUACUAACCCCAUGCCAUCCCAGAUGUGCAUGACUUACUUUCUUCUGCUGAACCCAAACUUGUUUUUAGAAAAACAUGCUUUUUGGACUUUCAAAGUUCUGAUCACCUUUCACUUGCAUUGAAUGGACCUACAGAGCUGAGAAAUAUUUCUAAAAAUCUUCGUUUGUGUUCAGCAAAAUAAUGUCAUACACAUCUGGGAUGGCAUGAGGGUGAGUAAAUGAGAGAAUUGUCAUUUUUGGUGAACUAUUUAUUUAGAAUCUUGCUUGGAUUCCUUAAGAUGUCAUCUUCAGUAAGGGUUUGAAACCUGUGUUGUGUGUGUCCUACUGUAUGCCUUAGGCAGGUGGAAGAGCAAUGCUCACACUAAAAGGAUGUUAGCCAGCUCUUCUUUAGCCCUAUUUGCAAAAUAUGAUGUGCCAUCCUUUGUGAUAUAGCAGGUAUUUGUAAGUAUGUAAGGAGUUGGAUCAUUAAAAUUGUGUGGAGAUCAAUAAAGAUGUUUU